AUACAAUAAACCUCUCUAUUUAUAUCUCUCUAUAGAAAGAGGUAAACAUUAUUGUUUCAUUCUUUGUUCUUUCCUUCUUGAACUCAUCUCCCAAAGCCUCAAGUUUUGCAUAUUUAUAAAACAGCUGUUGAAAGAGAGAGAGAGAGGAGGUGGAAAUUUCAGCCAUGGGAGUUGGAGGAGGAGUUGCAGAGAUGCAAUAUGUGAAGGCGAAGACUUCAGUGUGGUGGGAUGUAGAGAAUUGUCAGGUGCCAAAAGGGUGUGACCCUCAUGCAAUUGCUCAGAAUAUUAGUUCUGCCAUUGCUAAGUUGAAUUACUGUGGACCUUUGUCCAUUUCUGCCUAUGGUGACACCAAUCGGAUCCCUCAAUCUGUGCAGCAUGCCCUCUCCAGCACUGGCAUCUCCCUCAACCAAGUCCCUGCUGGUAUUAAGGAUGCAAGUGACAAAAAAAUUCUUGUGGACCUGUUGUUCUGGGCAGUGGACAAUCCUGCACCUGCAAAUAUAAUGUUAAUUUCUGGAGAUAGAGACUUCUCCAAUGCUCUCCAUCAAUUAAGGAUGAGAAGAUACAACAUUCUUCUUGCUCAGCCUCAGAAAGCCUCUGCUCCUCUUCUCGCAGCGGCGAAGAGCAUUUGGCUCUGGACAAGUCUUGUGACUGGAGGCCCUCCAUUAACAGAUAAAAUUGGUAACAAAAUUUCAGUCCCUAAUGCUAUGCCUUUUGUUCAUUUAAAAGUUCCCCAAUUGGGAAAUCCUGAUGAGAAAUUUAGAAAUAGUGCACUAGUUGAGAUCCUGGAAGAUCAGAAACCUGUAAAUUAUCACCACCCUGGUACUAAUAAUAAUCCGAAGAGUUCCCUGAUGGGGCCUCCCCCGGACGGAUUUGCUCCUUUCAAUCUUGUCCAGAAUGGUUACAGAAAUCAUUAUCCACCACAGCCUUUAAGGCCAAACAAUCUCCCUAAUCAACCUCCUAGUUCUGUCCAAAAAGGUAGUGGAGACACCAAAUUUGAUCCUAUUAGCAUGAAUCCGAAGCCUGCAUCUUUAAGUAAGUCACAAAAUGGACAUAUAGAGCAUAGGAAGCUGUCGUUUUCUUCACCAAUGAACUCGAUUAACAUUCCUAGUAGUGUCAUAUGGGGGACGCCAGGGUGUCCAAAACCUUCUGAUUAUGUCCAAAGCCUUAUAGGUGUGGUGUUACUAGCAUUGAACUCCUUGAAAACAGAAAAGAUAAUGCCGACUGAAGGUAACAUAGUCGACUGCAUUCGAUAUGGGGAUCCGAAGCAUAGGAAUAUUGACAUUAAAAAGGCCUUGGAAAAUGCUGUUGAUCAGCAGAUGGUAGUGAAGCAGAACAUUGGAGCUAUGAACUUGUAUGUUGGUAAGAAUGAGAAACUCUGGAAAUGUGUGAAUCCUAUUGCCGGUAAUCCUAUGCGAAUCUCGGAAAUGACUUGGGAAAGAAUUAAAAAGUUUAUGGUAUCUCCCGGAGGGCAAUCUGCAGUAAUGGCUUCUGAAUGCAGGUAUGAAGCCGGUACUAUUUUGAAGAAAAUGUGCUUGAAAGAGUUUACAUUGGGUGACAUACUUCAGAUAUUGAACAUGGUAAUUACCAUAAAGAAAUGGAUUGUUCAUAAUCAAACAGGAUGGCAACCGAUUAACAUUGCUGUUGCAGAGCUUAACGCUGAAUUAGACACUAUAUCUGGUUCAUAAAGAUUCAAUUUAUCUAUCCGUGGUAAGGGAAAGGGACCUCUUGACAGUUUGAAAGGUACUAAGUAUAAAUAGAUAGAUGAUUUGUUGCAAUAAGGUCAGUAAACCAAAAAGGCUCUCAUUCCCAAGACUCAUUGUGUAGAUUUACUAGUGAUGAAGAUUGUUACACAUUAUGGUCAUUGUUUAGAUUUCCGAUUCGCAGCGAAGUUUCAAGUGAAAAAUUGAUCGUUGGUUGCAUCUUCUGGAUUCUACUGACAGUUGCAAGGAUGUAUCCGUUGUCUCUGAAUUUCGAUGAAACAUAUUUCUGCAGAAAGUUUUCCUACCUCUCAUAUAGUUCAUGACGCCGUAAGAACUCUAAAUGAAAGGCCUAAUUUAAGAGUGGAAAUUAGUUUUUUUACAGUGGUUAUAUAUUCAAGAAGAGGCAAGAGCUUUGGUUACUUUGCAGAGACACAAAUCACAGAAUUUUAUAAAGAAAACAUCCAAACGUAAUUAGAUAACCAUAGAAAAUGUUCUGGUGGAAGCUACUCAUUCUCCUAUGACCACAUCAAACUAUGAAGAUAUCAAGAUGAGUCGUGCGAAGAUUGCGCAAUGCUGUAAAGUUCAUCUGCGAACAUAUGUUGAAUCAACGAUCGAGUCUUUGUUCUUCUUACUUUCGGGUAUUCUCAGAAUAAACGGAUUUGUGAAUUCAUCCCUCUGCAGCAUCAGUUUAGCUGUUGUCAAUGUAUUUGCUGUAUUUCUUUGAAAGUUUUAUGGUUUCAGCCCUUGAGAAACCACUUGUCCCUUGACUAUAAACCUUAAAGUGCAGUCUCUUGUAUGCAAAAUUUGAUAAAAUAAUUAUAAUAAAGUGUUUAUUUCUUAUUUUUGCCCCAUUGGAAA